AUGGGCCUCGUCUCCUACGACGAGGAAGUGACGACCGAGAUUCCCCUCACCUUCCUCGACGACGCGGGCAAGGACUCCGUAUUGAAGGCCGUGUCGAAUAUAAAGACGGGCCUGUGGACCAACCUCUCCGGCGGCCUCUUCUCUGCGCUCCGGCUACUCGAAAAACUGCCGUCCAAUCACUCCAACAUGGAACCUAUCGUGAAUGCGUUGGACACGGAGCUUCGAUUACUGCGGACCAAGUCCCUCGCGCCCACCGUCUUCACCUUUGGCUUCGGAUCCGCACCCGACGCCAACAUGCUCACUAAGAUUGCGGAAAUGGGGAACGGGCUGUACUACGCUAUAGAAGCGGCAGAAGCGAUUCCGACGGCCUUUGCUGACUGUCUGGGCGGCCUCCUGUCCGUGUCGGGCACUGGCGUGAUGAUCAACAAGAUCUACGGCAACCAGAGCGUGGCAGAGCACUCCCCGCACAAGUCCUAUUCCAUUCUUCUGGGCGACAUCUACUACGAAGAGACAAGAGAUGUGCUGCUCGCCCUGACACUGCCAGCUCUCGAGCAGCCCGUUGACUCGUUCCUCAUUCUGAGCGCCACGCUCACCUAUUCGAGUCUGCCCGGUGGCCGCCACACGACCAUUUCCUCCGAGUGCAGCGUGGCGCGGCCAACAGCCCUGGCCAUUCCUGGCGACUCUGCGCCGUCGUAUGAGGUCGACAAGCAGCGCAAUCGUGUGCACACGGCCGAUGCGAUCAAGCAGGCCAUCGCCGAGCAGGAGGAGCGACGAUUCGACAGCGCGGUGGCGAUCCUCAGUGAGGCCAUCCAGCAGAUCCAGCAAUCCGCCUCGGCCAGCGAUCCAUUUUGUGUCAACCUGGUGGAAAAUCUGAACGAGUGCAUCAUGCGGACCAAGCGCGCCAAGGCCUCUGGCAGGGACAACAAGAUUUCGUACCAGUCCAGGCAGCGGUCGACACACGUGCGGGGCACCUUGACCUACUCCACCACAGCCAAGGCCUCCACCACCAAGAAAUUCCAGACCGUGUCCAAGAGCCUCCCCGUCCAGGCCUCGCCCCAACAGUAUUGCCCCCACCCCCCCUUUCCCCCACCUCCCGUACGAUCACCCAACGUGCAUCCUGAC